UAUUCUGCCAGUAGUGAACGGGCCAAGUUGCAUGGUUGCUGCCCUCAGGGGGUCCCACUCCCUAUCUUUAUAACUAAUGACUCAUAUUUGUAUACUGUAGCAUGACGGUUCUUACCUUAACCCUAAUCCCAACGACUCUUACCCUUUCCCGAACCCUAACCCUAACCAUUCCACCCGUUGCGAGGCCUCAACAACACCAGGCCUGAGCUGCACACAGUGAUUCAGUAUCUAAAAAUGUAACAGUGAAGGGGAAGUUGAGGUGGAAAGAACCUUUUAGAGAAGAAAACUGUCACUGACGUGUCACGCUGCUGUGACAUAAGGACAGGUAUUCCCCUGGACUAACAACAUGCCACAUGAUCCCUCAGGCGUCCAUCAGGAGACAGAGACAGUUAGUGCUGUGAGUGGACAGAUGAUGUCCACAGAGACAAGAGGUAGGAGUAGGACGCCUCUGUUGAGUUGGCCGAGGGCAGUAGCUUCAUUAUGGGAUGUCUCGCACCUCGGCUGGUCAAUAAUCACCACAGUGAAGGAGGGAGGCUUUAGUUUAUGGUAUAGAAAUAGAUUUUUAUUAUAAUUAUAAAUAAUGUUUUUACCCCAUUUUCAGAAAAUCUGGUUAUGAAACACUUAGGAAAUCAACGUUGCUAACUCACUCAACCACGCUCACCAUUACUACUGUAUAAUUCAUAAACAUUGUAUUAUUAUUAUUAUUUGACCUGGUUCAAGGUCAUCUAGAGCAUCUCUGUUUUGUGGAAAUAAUUUUGAUUUAUUUUCUUUGCUAAAAGACCACCAUAACAGUAAAAACUGUCAGAAAUCUCACUGCCUAAAAGAAACAUGUACUGUAUCCUAUGACGUCAAGUCAAUAUUCAGUAGUUCAGUUAAUAACACCACGACAGAAACACUACAAGUCCUGUAACAUAUUUACUUGUUAUAACGGAGGACACGCCUCUUAUAGUCAAAGCCCCACAUGCAUGACGUGCAGUCGUCUUUGUUCUGUCUCUCAUUUACAACACGGACCAUGUCCAGAGUGGAGACUUUUAGAGACACAAGCCUUCGCUGCCGGCUGAGGGAGCUGCGCACCGACAUUGCGAUGUCUGUAGACGACACUUUUCCUCUGGUUCAUGGUUUGGCGGACAAAAAUAUCAUUAGUGACCAACAGUUCAAGGACAUUCUAGAAAAGGAUAGAAGAGAAGGAACUCAUAAGGCCAUGUACUCGCUCCUCUCCUGGCUCCUGGACCAGAGCAGGUCCACAAUCCAGGCGUUCUGGAGCAACAUGACCAAGGACUACAACCUGGACAGUUACCCCAGGCUGCAGAAGCUGCUCUCUCACCUGGACACCAGUUCCAGAAGUGGGAAGAAAUCUUCUCGCUGCGACAAAGUUCCUCAAGUGAAGAAGAGGAGCCACGAAGGAAGAGACAACAGUUCCAAAAAGCUCCCACACUAUCAUGCAGAGACCAGUGCCAGUCCAGGAAAGGUGAAAUUAUACAGAGUGAAAAGUGAAGAAGCUCCGUCUUCUCAGCUACCGUCUGGAGACAACAACUUCAAGUUCUUAUGGCUUGGCUUAUCCGAGCUUUCUAAAAGUUGUACUCUGUGUGUGCGUGUGCAGGUCCACUAUAAUGAUGAUGAGUGUGCAGUGUGUAGGGAUGGAGGGGAGCUCAUUUGUUGUGAUGGUUGUCCUCGAGCUUUUCACCUGACCUGCCUGGAACCUCCACUUACAUCAAUACCAAGUGGUUUAUGGCAGUGUGAACGGUGCAGUGGAAAGAGAGUGAAAACAGAGGAAGCCCAGCUACCUGUUCAAUCAUUUGUGACCCUGCCUGAGCAAACAAUUGGCUCAUCCACAAAUUUCGAACAUGACGCCCCCUUCUGCUCAUCACUGACAUCGUCAUCCCUCACAACUGGCUCAACUACUUUGGAACAACUCGGCUGCAAAAACCAAUGUUUUGGUGGAGAAGCUGUGGGUGCUGUGAGGGAGUUGUGUGGAGUUUGCCACCUCGCAGGAGGAGAACUGACUUCAUGCUUGCAGUGUUCAAAGCACUACCACGUCCACUGCCUUUUCUCCAAAGGAAGAUCCAUCUGCCUGUCCUGCUCCAGAUCUUGGAGCAGCUCUGCCGAUAAACAGGCCGAGUCCAGUGGUGUCCAGCUGUCCCCGGUGGUCCAGAGCUCACUCAGCCAUGAUCCCAGCUCCUCGGUCCCUGAGCCCAUCCUCCAUAAGGAUGAACUGGACUCCAUCCUGGCAGACCAGGGCUCCAUUGAUGGGAUCUUACAGUGGGCUUUUAACAGUCUGUCCCGGCCUCUUCCAGAGUCCCACGGGAUUUACCAGUGACAGAGAUGAACAUGCAUGGACACAGAAAACUCCGAAAUAAUCUGGCAUAAUUUCCAAACCAACAGAGUAUUGUUUGUGUAUUUGUACUACAUGUAAAGUGGUGUGUUUAAGUAAGGUAAUUGCCAGUGUGUUUACAGAUUGCAGUAAAGAUAAAAAGAAAUUACAUAUUUUCCGGCACUGUGACUCUGUUAUCUUCUGUUUCACAUUUGGUUUCAUGUGAGCUUGACCCUGCUGUACCUCCAGAGACAGCAGGGCUGGGAAGGGUUAGGCAUCUAAUCUCAUAUCAAACCACAAACAACAAAUGAGCAGGCUCUCAUAACAGCAGAUACACACACACACACACACACGUACAGUAUAUUUGUGCAAAAGAUACAGAGCAUAGUUUCACAUGUGCGUUCACAGACACCUCGUCUCACCGUGUUUGUGUGUGGAUCUGCAGCAGAAUUCACAUUCACACGUUACUCCAGAUGGUUUCAAUACGACGAAGUAUGCACACCGAGUAAUGCCUCUGUUCAACAGGAAUUCCUUGAAGACUAUCACUUAGAUGAGGAAUGUUGUUUUUGUCAUGGGAUUCAAGAGUUUGAGCGCAACUGCCAGAAGGAUGGAGCUCGUCCAGGCAGUGCGCACAUUUUUCUCCCCUUGGUAUUUGGUUGUCAUGGCUGCCACUUUCUACAGUCCCAAAACAGAGGAUGGGAAACGAGCUUGUUCCAGUGUGUGUGUGUGUGUGUGUGUGUGUUUAUUUAUCAGUCAAGUUUCCUAACAGUUCAUAAAACAUCCUGCAUUCUUUAGGGCCCUGCCAGCAUUAAAAGCACAUCUUUUUUAAUCCUGUUGGUGACAUAGUUGUCCAUUUGGUGCCUCCUUUAAUUUGAACAUCAUAUUAUAGAUUAUUACCAACUCUAAACAGGGUUUCUGAAAGCAAGUAGA